AUGGACAGCAAGAGACUUAUUACAAAACUCGAACAGGUCAUCGCCCAAGCUUCCGAUUUUAUAUCAAGAUACGAAAGCAGUGGAAGCAGAACCAAUGGGGAUAUUUACGUGGACUUCAGCGAAAUAACCAGCAAGAUAGAAAAUAUGCUGGACAUUACUCGAGACGCCGAUAUACUCAUAAAGCCAGGGACAAAUAACAAAAAUUUUCUCAAAGCAAAGAAUACAAUGGACAUUCUGGAUUGUUCUAUCAUAUUUACAAAUUUUGCAGAGAAAUCAAAAGCAGAACAAGUCAAAAUGAAAAAAUCAACGACAAAGACAGCCACUCAGCAAACAUGUCCAGCCCCUUUUACUCCUUGCGCCUUCUGUGUCCAUCAGACUCCGUGCGGUUUGGUCAAAUCAGAUGGAUCCCAUUUAUCCCCGGCUGAUAAAGGAUACAGCAAGGCCUUCGCAGCUGAAAUCAACCGUCAAAAGAAGCGCCUAGACAAAGACGCUGGUAAAAUAGAAGAAAUAGUAAGCAACGACUCAACAGAAAAAAACAAUGGCAGCAAAUCGGUGAUCAAGAAAAUCAAAUUGUUCUUCCUAUUUUGGAUCACUCUGCCAUUCAAUACAGCAAGAGAACUGUACAGGUCACCCCCGGACAGCGCUGCAUCAGUGAAGGAAUUCUUUCAAGACAAGUUGGCCACAGUCGUCGAACUCGCCUGCUCACUCUACUCUCGCGAUUCAGAACGAGCCGCUAGAUGCCUGCGCAACAUUAUGGCGAGCCUGUUUAACUGUGUCGUCUCCCUGUUUCAAAAUACGGCGAUGCGCAUUGGAAUAUUCUGCUUCCUGAUUCGACUGAUCAGCCCUCUCGUGAACUACGGAAUAACAGGAGUUCUCUUGUUUAUUUUAAUCAGUAUCAUCCUUCUCUACAUGUUUUUACCCAAAUUUGACAAGAAGAAACAAAAGCCAUCUGCCCAGCAAAUGUACACUGCCCUGGAGUCAAUUGCCAAAGAACUGACUACUGCUCAAGACCUAGACUUAGACGACGAAUCACCAUCCGACGAGAGUUUCUAA